AUGAUGAAACUCGUAUUGGUUGGGUUGCUCCUGGUACACUCCACCUAUGGUAUCCACAAAAAACAGACAAUUGGGAGAGAAACUUGUCUGGAAGUCAUCAACCAUGUCAGAGCCAACUACGCGAAGGAGCAUGGAAUCGCAAACAUGAAUGAAUUGGGUUAUGACAAGAAAUUGGAGGAAAAAGUUGAAAAUCUGCUCCGGAAUUACGAUGGAUGUCCACAACCAUCCAUAAUUUCUCAGAAUAGAUUUGACACUUUUUUGGAUAUGGAAAACGGAGAGAAAUCGGACUUGAUCAAGUUUAUUUCUGGAUCCGGAAGUUCAAUGAUGGCAUGUGUUCAGUCAGUUUGCUCAAAAACCGGAAAACCGGUUUUCAGUAUUAUCACUGACGUCAACAGCACUCCCGCCAUCAAAGGAUCACCAGGAGCCAAGUGUCCAUCCAAUAGAAUCGCCGGCUACAAAGGACUAUGCGCUCAGAAAACUGGUCACAAAGGAUAUGCUCGUAAAAUUGGAGUGUUCGGUGGUGUUGGUAGAGUUAUUGAGGGCUGGUUUGACUGA